UGCUGCCUGCAAAAACGUUUCUUAUAACGAAUCGGUUUUUUUUUUGGAGUUGGUGCCUCUUUGCGGCGGCGUUUGUAUUUUCAAACGCGUGCACUGCUGUUGUGCCGCACGGGCGCGGGAAUUUGAACAUACGUGGGCGGAACAAACGUAGCUCUCAGACUCCCAGCACGCCGGUGUACAGACCUCCCACGCCAUGCCGGCUACGGAAUCUCUGCUGCUAGACAAGAACCCCCUGUUGACGGCGGCUUUGGAGUUGUUUAGUUCCGGAAUCGGCGAUGGAUUGACGAUGAAGGAAGUUGUCAGGCAGCUGCAGACGGUCGCUCUCUGCUAUACCGCGAUGGGAGUCAAGAGGAACGCAGGAGAGAUAGACAGCAAGAAGAGAGAGGCGCUGCUACUCAAGGCAUACAAGGACGACGUCGUGCCUGGCUUUCUGAAAUGGUUGUCGGAGGAGGGUGAUUGUACAACCCCGCCCUGGCUGACGAUGGAGAUGAUGGGCCGGGUUGCUGUACAUACAUGUAGGCACCAAUGGCACAGGAACGCCGGUGCGGAAGAGCAAGGGGAAAGAGAAACAGCAGCAACCGAAAGUCUAUAUGAAGAACCAAAGCUGUACAAGGACGGGAAGAAGAUCUGGGCAAGGUACCUGGAUGCCUUCCGCGACAUCAGGAAGGACGCCAACCCCGUGUACGACAAAACCAUCGGGGACCAACCGGGCGGGACCCCUCCAUCUGGAGAGCAGUAUGCCGACCAGCUUGACGAGUUACUGCAGGCGUUGUGGGAAUACCAAUGCAGAGAAAAAAAUAAAACCGUGGAAGUGACCGCGGAGGAGAAGGAAUUCUUGCGCGCACGUGGCCCCUCGGCGGCGAAGGGCAAGGGUACGGGAAGCGGUUCCUCGGCCGUCGACGUAGACCUCUCUUCCACGGACGGGGAGGUCGUACAAGGUACGGAGAAGGAGGGAGGGGGUGCGGACGCGGGGAAGGAUGAGGAGGUGGCGGCGGGGGCGGGGAGGGCGGCGGGUUCUGAGGGAAUCGACGGUUCUGGCGACGGUGGCGCGGGACGGGAAGGGCAGCCCAUGGAACAGGAGCAGCCGAAAACCCCAGGAGAAGAAGACGACGGCGGCUCUGAACCGGAGUCAGUCGUCCAAUAUCCCGAGAGGCCUCCCAAUUGGAUGCCCUACUAUUUUCUCACCUUUUGCUUCUUUGGUAGGCCCAGCAACAGCGAGGACACGGACCUUGCAAUGAAAGCUGGAUCUGGCCCCUCUGGAGAUUCUCGUCCGCGGAAGAAAAAGAAAGCUUCUUUGGGCUCGUCCAGCGACGGGGGGAGUGGGAGCGAGGGGGGUGCAUCGGACCCCGCCGCGAACUUGGGCAGGGCCGGCGUUAAGCAGUUCGUCGGUGCCGGGGAGGCGCAGAGUCGGGCCCAGGUUAAAAAGGCAAUGGCAAAGGACGCAGCCCAACAGUCGGCGGAGACCAUACGAAGGGAGGGACUGGAGUUGGCAAAGCAGCAGGCCGAGAUAUCGAGGUCGGUGGCUAAAGCAGUGGCGCAGGUGGCUGCCGAUGUGCAAAGAGGCAGGGAGCUGAGCGAACAGGAGGCUGGCCGCAAGCGCAAGCUGGAAGAAGAGGAAGCAUGCCGGAAGCGCAAGGCUCAAGCGAAGGACGAUCUGAAAGGCGAACUGGACCGUCUCGAUCCAGACGACGAGGACAACACCGCACGGCGCGCGCAAAUCAAGCGGGAUCUUGCUAAGCUGUACAGAACCCCUGUCAGCAAAUUUACUGCUGAUGCUGCCACCUCCAACCCAACGAGCACGCCGGCCGUGGCGCCGGCCAAUGCGUCAGGCUUGCCGGCGACGUCGUCGGGUGUGGCAUCUCCGGUUGCGGUGACAGCGGUAUCGGAGACGCCGGCAGCGGCAGCGGCGGCAAUGACGACGGCUUCUCCCGCUCUGUCCGGCUUUCCUGGUGCUCCCGCUCUGCCCGGCUUUCCUGGUGCUAGUGGUGGAGUUGUCGGGGCAGUACCGAGUGCAGGUUCGGGGGACGGUGGUGGCGGGGGUGGAUAUUCGCCUGGUUGGAUCAACAUCACUAGCAUAUAGACCUUUUCACCCAUGAUGCGUGGAACCAGGUGAACGUUCGCAUUAUUUAUUUUUUUGCGAAGAAGUUGGAUGCGGCCGCAGUUGUUUGUCCUUUUCUUGCAGCGUUUUUUUUUUACUCUCGGGGGCCUGCAGCAAGCAAGUGUCGUGAGUGCUGUAGCUCUUUCUCUACUUUCAUUUUUUUGUUGUGCUGUGUGCUUAGCGGAAGGUGUUGUUCUGUACGGGCAGCACCUCACCGCCACACACCCUUCGUCACAGCAACGCUCGACCUCUCUUUGUGUUUUUUUUUUGCGAGCGGCCAACGUAUGGUGGGGAGCAGGUAGCACCAGCUGAAAGUGGGGGGCGGUAGGGGUGGGCAUAGAUUCAACCCGUGGAUUCAACCCGUGGGUAAUUAUGGGUGGCAGCAGCAGCCGCCCUUGAUUCUGUUACUUGUUUUUCCUGAGUCUGUCUGCAACCAAGAGUGGUGAGUGCUGCAAGCUGCCCUUUUUUUGUAGGGGGAGGUUUGAGCGUUUCGAGGAGGGGUGUUACGGAGUUCCGGAUGCAUGCGACUCCCCUCCCCCUCCCGAUAUCCUCACUCCACCAUUCUUUUUUUUUUUUGCCGAUGAUCGAUACUUACUUCCAGGGGUUGAGUGUUGCCCAGAAGCGGAGUCUGCACAUCUCUUCCAGGAGCUGCACAAAUGAAUCCGGACAACAUCGUUUUUGUUUUUUUUCGAUCCCAACGGAAACGCUGGGCCAAUUACAGCAGCUAUGACACGUCACAACAACGUCUACACUAGCUGGUGUGUCUUGCCCGCGAAUGGCGGGGGGGGAGACGUGGUGCUGAUGGAGGCAGGGACCGAUCACCGAUGGGCAAUUGUGCCAUCCUACUUGGUCUACACUUUUUCCCCUAUCCUAUCUAUCGUAUCGGUGUCGCCCAUCGCAAACACCGGG